UCCCCGUGGGCCCGCGGCUCCAGCCCCGGGCUUGCGGGGCGCGCAGGUGGGCCCGCGGCCGCAGGGAGAUAGGCCCCCUGGGGGCAGCGGCGGACCAUGGCGCGGAGACCUGGCGCGCCGGCUGCUUACGGGGAGGAGUUCUCCUUCGUCAGCCCGCUGGUGAAAUACCUGCUCUUCUUCUUCAACAUGCUCUUCUGGGUAAUCUCCAUGGUCAUGGUGGCCGUGGGUGUCUACGCCAGGCUGAUGAAGCACGCAGCCUCUCUCCCAGAAGCAGCCUUGGCUUGUCUGGCGGUCGAUCCUGCUAUCCUGCUGAUCGUAGUGGGGGUCCUGACGUUCCUGCUCACCUUCUGCGGCUGUAUUGGGUCCCUCCGAGAGAACAUCUGCCUUCUGCAGACAUUCUCCCUCUGCCUUACCCUGGUGUUCCUGCUGCAGCUGGCUGCUGGCAUCCUGGGCUUCGUCUUCUCAGACAAGGCUCGGGGGAAAGUGAGUGAGAUCAUCAACAAUGCUAUUGUGCAUUAUCGAGAUGACUUGGAUCUGCAGAACCUCAUUGACUUUGGCCAGAAGAAGUUUAGUUGCUGCGGAGGGAUUUCCUACAGAGACUGGUCUCAGAAUAUGUACUUCAACUGCUCGGAGGACAACCCCAGCCGUGAGCGUUGCUCUGUGCCUUAUUCUUGCUGCUUGCCCACCCCUAACCAGGCAGUGAUCAACACAAUGUGUGGCCAAGGUAUGCAGGCACUUGACUACUUGGAAGCUAGUAAAGUCAUCUACACUAACGGCUGUAUCGACAAGUUGGUCAACUGGAUCCACAGCAACCUGUUCCUACUUGGUGGCGUGGCACUAGGCCUAGCCAUCCCUCAGCUGGUGGGAAUCCUGCUGUCCCAGGUCCUCAUAAAUCAAAUAAAAGAUCAGAUUAAGCUACAGCUCUACAACCAGCAGCACCGGGCUGACCCAUGGUACUGAGAAUCCUUCCUGUGCCCCCGAACAUGGUGACGAGCGAGCCUCAU